CUCAUUUGUUCAUUUCUGAAUAUUAAACUUAUCAGGCAUACAAACAUGGAAGAGACUAUCAAAGGCUUAUUGAUGUUUCCCCUUGUUAACUGGAGAUGCAGUACAGCUGUUUUGCUAGUUGCCUUCUUAUUGCCCCAAACAUAUGGAGUGAAUGUGUCAAGACCCAACAUUUUGCUGAUCAUGGCAGAUGAUCUUGGGUAUAGUGAUUUGGGAUGCUUUGGUAAUGAUACCAUGAGGACUCCCAAUAUUGACCAGCUGGCAAAGGAAGGCGUGAAGCUUACUCAGCACAUUGCUGCAGCCUCACUUUGCACCCCCAGCAGAACAGCUUUUCUGACUGGCAGAUACCCAAUCAGAUCAGGCAUGGCAGCCACAAAUAUCUUGCGAGUCGUCACACGGGCUGGUGGCUCCGGAGGGCUACCUAGAAAUGAAACAACAUUUGCAAAGUUAUUACAGCAGCAAGGCUAUACCACUGGUCUAAUAGGCAAAUGGCACCAGGGUUUGAACUGUGACUCCCAUAAUGAUCACUGCCACCAUCCUUUAAACCAUGGCUUUGAUUUUUUCUAUGGUAACCCUUUUACACUUCUGAAUGACUGUGAGACUUGGAAAUAUUCUGUGUUGACUCCAGGAUCUCAAGCUACCGCUUGGUGUUACACUCAGAUGGCUGCCAUUUUGGUGUUCACUCUUCUCCUGGGAAAGAUUACUGGUUUGUUCUCCGUGAAUUGGAAAAUAAUUGCUUUCAUUAUUUUGUGCAACAUCCUAUAUUUCAUCUUCAUGUUUGGCCAAUAUUUGUUUUUAAAAUUUUGGAACUGUAUGACGUUCAGAGAUCAUGAUAUCGUUCAACAACCAUUGAAGCUAAAGGAUGCUGCUUUCAGGACAGUGAGAGAGGCCAUCACAUUUAUUGAACGAAACAAACAAGCACCGUUCCUCCUCUUUGUUUCUUUCUUACACGUCCACGAGCCGUGUUACUCUACAGAACUGUUUCGUGGGAAAAGCAGGCAUGGUUUAUAUGGAGACAAUGUAGAGGAGAUGGACUGGAUGGCAGGGAAAAUCCUUGCUGCUAUUGACAAGGAGGGCUUGAGGAACAACACUUUUACUUACUUUGCAUCUGACAAUGGAGGAUAUUUGGAGGCGAGACAAGGGAACGUCCGGCUAGGUGGCUGGAAUGGUAUAUACAAAGGUGGAAAAGGCAUGGGAGGCUGGGAAGGAGGAAUCCGUGUGCCUGGAAUAGUCAGAUGGCCAGGAAUGGUUGCUGCUAACACUGUUCUUGAUGAACCCAUCAGUCUAAUGGAUAUUUAUCCCACAGUGGCUCACUUGGCUGGGGCAUCAUUGCCACAAGACAGAGUUAUUGAUGGCAGGAACCAGAUAGCAUUACUGCAGGGAAAAGUGCAGCGCUCUGAACACCAAUUCAUGUUUCACUACUGUGGAUCACACUUACAUGCAGCACGUUGGCAUCAGAAGGAGAGUGGUGCUGUCUGGAAGGUGCAUUAUGUUACUCCAAACAUUCAACCAAAGGGAUCUGGAGGCUGUCCUGGAAGACACAGGUGUCCAUGUUUUGGAGACAAUGUAACCUAUCACAAUCCUCCUCUGCUUUUUGACCUCUCACGGGACCCUUCUGAAGCCAAUCCCUUGUCACCAAUCUCUGAACCACUUUUUAACACAGUUGUAAGUCAAGUUGAAAAAGCGGUGGCAGAGCAUCGGAGGACACUCACUCCAGUUCCUAAUCAACUUGAUCCACCCAGUAAUAAAUGGGAGUCAUGGCUGCAGCCAUGCUGUGGGAUUUUCCCCUUCUGUUGGUGUGAUAAAGAAAGUGAUAUUGAAGACGUAACUAUUUAAACAAAUGGAUUUUGUUUAGAAUAAAGCAUUUACAAUGGAUUGAAUAUGUUGGGCAGUAUCCAAUUCAAC